CCCGGUGUCCCGGUGUCCCGGUGUCCCGGUGUCCCGGUGCCCGGAGCGGUAACGCCAUGGCGAGCGGGAGGAGCCCGCUGGAUCGCGCCCAGGUGAAGAAGGCGGUGGAGGCUCUCUUGGCUUUCUCCAGAAGCAAGGCAAAGGGAGACGCGCUGCUCCUCAACGAGGGCGAGAGCGUCCAUCUCCUGGUGACGGUGUGGAAGGUCCCGCAGACGGCAAAGCUCAUCAGAAUACCACUGCCCCAUGGCAUUCGACCAGAAACAGCUGAUGUUUGCCUGUUCACAAAGGAUGAACCAAACUUAUCAGCAGAACAGACUGAAAAUCUGUACAAGAAACUUUUACUCCGGAAUGGGAUCAGAAGUAUUAGCCGGAUCAUCUCCUACAAAACCCUCAAAAAGGAAUAUAAAAUGUUUGAAGCCAAGCGGCGCCUCCUGAACAGUUUUGAUCUCUUUCUGUCUGAUGACCGAAUUAGAAGGCUUUUGCCCUCACAUCUGGGAAAGCACUUCUAUGAAAAGAAAAAGGCACCUUUAUCUGUAAACCUGAAAGCCAAAGAUCUUGCCAAGGAACUGGAAAAACAUAUCCAAGGGACUACGCUCCCAGUUAACAACAAAGGGUGCUGUUAUACAAUGCGCAUAGGUCACACUGGGAUGAAAGUGGAUGAGAUACUUGAGAAUAUCAUUGCAGCAGCAAAAGUGAUUGGUGACAAGUUACCAAAGAAAUGGAAAAAUGUAAAAAUUCUUCACCUCAAAACACUUAAAUCAGUUGCACUCCCAAUAUUCACUGCGGAUAUCUCCAGUCUGGAUGAGCUUGACAAACAGCCAUCCCUCAAGAAAAAUGAAGUAAAGAAGGUAAAACCCAAGAAAGUGAAGAAGACAGCUAAAAAACUGAAAUCAAGUCAAGUCAGUGUGACAAAAGAAAGUAAAGCUGCUGCUGGUACCCAGGAGCCUGUGGUAAAAGAAAAGAUAGAAGUGGUCCAAGAACCAGGUGAUUGUGAUGACGAAGAAAUUCCACAACUGGUGCCUAUACAAACAACGAGCUCAGCUGACCUGAAGAAAAUGGGACCAAAUUCAGGAAAAGGUGACAAUUUGGGCAAGAAAACCAAAACACCCCUUGGUAAGAGAAAGAAAACAUCUCUAGUGGUGGAUACUCCAAAAUCAAAACCUGAAGUUACAGAAGAGAGUGCAAACUUGGAGACACCAUCAAAAGAGAAAAAAGCCAAGCAGGUCAGUAAGCCAAAGGAAGCAAUAAAAGAAAAAGACAUGAAAAAGGCUCCAAAAAAACCUGAAGCAAAGUCUUUUGCAACACCCAAAGCUGGCAAGUCACUACAGUCAGCCAGGAAAUCUUCAAAAGCACAGAAGCAGACACCCAGAAAGAUGCGCGUGCCGCAGUCAGCAUGAACGUUGUCUGUUUAACAUAUUUUGUAUCAUCUUUUUCAGUAAACACGUUAUUGAUGAAGUAAAAUACCUUCUUAGGAAAUCUGAUCCCAAGAGCUUUUUUUCACCAAGGUCUGUAAUGAUUCAUUGGUUUCCUUCUAAUUUCCAAGCUGGUACAAAUAAACUCCCUGUUUUAAUGGCCCCAUCA